AUGACAACCCUCGCAACAGCAACCGCAACCGUCCCCGCGCCGGCCGUGGUGCCGCGCGUGCCCAUCCCCGCCAACGGUGUCGACUAUCGCAACAAAAUUGUCCUCGCCCCAAUGGUCCGAUCAGGCGAACUACCCUCGCGCCUACUAGCGCUGAAAUACGGUGCCGACCUUGUCUGGGGCCCCGAGACAAUCGACCGCUCGAUGAUCGGCGCUGAGCGUCGCGUGAACCCAAGAAACGGCACAAUCGAAUUCACCCGCAUGCCCAGCAAUGGCGGACGCCCCAAUAAACCAGUCAAAGCAUCAAUCAUCUACCGCAUCGACCCAGUGCGCGAAAAGGGCCGGCUGAUCUACCAAAUGGGUACCGCCAAUCCAGAGCUAGCAGCUGCCCGAAACCUUUCUCUACACACGGCGGGAUGGGUGCUGCCCUCCUCCGCACCCCCCGACCUCCUCGUCUCGAUCCUGGAAGCUCUUGUCAAGGAGAUUGGCGAACCCUUCCAAAUUGGUAUCUCGGUCAAAAUCCGCAUCCUAUCCAGCCCCGAAGAAACAGAGGCCCUAGUCACCCGCCUCGUGAAAACAGGCAUCACAGGCUUGACAGUGCACUGUCGUACGACUCCUAUGCGGCCGCGUGAACGUGCAAUCCGCGAUCAGCUUCCCAUGAUAGCAAAAAUUUGCCACGAUGCUGGCGUGGCGUGUGUGAUGAACGGCGAUGUUACGUCGCGCGACCAGGGACUCGCGCUGAUGUCUGAGUACGGCGUUGAUGGGGCUAUGAUCGCGACCUCUGCCGAGACCAACUCGUCUUGUUUCAGGGCUGAGGAGGAUGGCGGCGUCGCGCCGUGGCGGGACGUCGUCCACGAGUACAUGCGCUUCUGUAUCGAGUCGGAGAAUCGCCUGGGCAAUACCAAGUACCUGCUCAAUAUGCUGAUCCCCGGCAAGGACAAAGAGUUCAAAGAUACGAAGCUAUCCAAGACUUAUCUUGAUAUCUGCCGCGGGUUGAAAUUCGAUGGUUUGCUUACUGCUGCUGCAGCUGUUGAUCAACUACUUGGUUUGGAUGAUAAGUGGGAGACCACUGCCGGUGUGCCCGAUAUCCAAACCCAGUCUGGGUCUAAGCCGAAGGCUGUGCAGAAUGCUAUGGAGUCUGAGGCUGCUCGUGCGGCUGGUGGCGGUGCUGUUCGGACUAAGACGCCUUCGCCAGCUGUUCAUGGAGGUGGUCCUAUUCGGCGGUCUUCUGCUCCUCAGCCAGCUAAGGUCGCUCAAGUUGAUGCUGAGCAGCCAGCUGUUGAGGCUACGAUUCCUGCCGCACAGACUCAGGCUCCAUCUCAGCUGACGGCGUAA